AAGCACUGCUCAUUUGUGAAGGCGAGCCGUCGGUGCCAGUAUCAUUAUCAAAAUGCAGACUGACAUUUUGAAAUUUUAUCACAACAAGACUGUUUUCGUAACAGGAGGAACUGGAUUUCUGGGCAAAGUGAUCAUUGAGAAGUUGUUGCGUUCCACAGAUGUUAAACGUGUAUAUUUUUUGGUGAGGCCGAAGAAGAAUGACAGUGUGCAAGGACGAUUCGAAGUUUGGAAAAACGAACCUGUUUUUGAGCCCCUGCUCAAGGUCAAGCCGAAUGCUUUGCAGUUGGUUACGCCCAUUCCGGGGGACUGCAGCGAACUGGGUCUGGGACUCAGCGACGGGGAUCGAAGGAUACUGACCUCCCAGGUCCAUGUGGUCAUUCAUAGUGCAGCUUCCGUCCGCUUUGUGGAGCCGCUUCAUAAGGCCCUAAACAUCAACACGCGAGGCACGAGCUUAAUGCUCCAGCUGGCCAAGGAGAUGCAGUGCCUCGAGGCUUUUGUUCAUAUCUCCACGGCUUUCUCUAACUGCCCUUUGGAUCACAUCGGGGAGCGCUUCUAUCCGGAGAUAUUGACAUGCCCGGCGGCCAAGGUGCUGGAAUUUAACGAGUCUUUAAGCACAGAAGUGGUGGACAGCAUUGCGCCAGCUUUAUUGGGAAAAUUUCCAAACACCUACACAUAUACCAAGGCCCUGGCCGAGCAGGUGAUCCAGCUGGAGGCUAAGGACGUUCCUAUCUGCAUUUUUCGACCUGCCAUUAUUUUAGCCAAUUUCAAGGAACCAAUGUCGGGAUGGAUUGACAACCUUCACGGAUUCGUAGCCUUGAUAUACGGCAAUGCGCUGGGAAUCCUCCGUCUAGUAUAUGCCAAUCCUAAAGCGAAGGCAUUAAUUGUUCCUGGCGACUACUGCGCCAACGUGGCUUUGGCUUCUGGAUGGCAUGUGGCCAAGAAUGCUGGAUCAAACUCGACACCGCCCAUUUACACCCUCGCACCGGCCAAAACGAAUUUUAUCACAUUCGGAGAGGGAACUAAGAUGCACCUCGAAUACAAUAGUAAAUUUCCGGUUACUAAAUCGAUUUGGUAUCCAUUUGCCCACUUCACCACAUGUAUUUGGCUAUUUAAAGUGGGGAGUAUAUUUUAUCACCUGCUGCCCGGUCUUCUGUUUGAUCUCAUCUUAUGGCUUCAAGGAAAAAAGCCCAUCCUGAUAAAAAGUUAUGGCAAGAUCCACGAAGCACUGAGGCUCCUGUACCCAUUUAGCGGAAAAACGUACGAAAUGGAUAUGAAUAAUACCAACCAUAUGUGGGAGUCUAUGUCACCGGAAGAUAAAUCAAUAUUUCCGUUCGAUAUGUCCAGCCUGGACUGGGAGGAGUACUGCACUUGCAUUAUGUCCGGCAUGCGUGGUUUCCUUUUUAAGGAGUCCUGGGACACAUUGGAUCAGGCUAAACGAAAACACUUUUGGUUUCACCAAAUGCAUCGCUUCCUUCAACUGGUACUUUGCCUGAUUGUUGGCAAACUUAUCUGGAUCUCGUACAGUCUUAUUACUGAUCAAUAUGUUAAAGCCAUAGAGAUUACUCUAUCACCCCCGAAAGCCGUUAUUCAAAUUAUGUAACACUGGGUAAUAAUUAAAUAAAGGAUAAUAUUUGGGUA